AUGAAGUUUAUUGGAUUCACCAGUGCGGCAGUAUUGUGCCUAUCAACACUCUCCAUUGCCUCUCCAAUCGCUUCACCUGAGUCAUCAGAUAUCUCUUUGGCCUCAAGAGAUUCAAACAGAUGUCGCGAGCCCAUUGUACGAAAAGAAUGGCGCUCCCUCACUAAGAACGAAAAGAAAAAAUACCUCGCCGCGGUCCAAUGCCUAGCAAAGAAGGAGUCCAUCGGUGCUGUCCCCGGUGCCGACAGCAUCUAUGACGACUUCCAAGGCGUCCAUAGCUCUCAAACCCCAAACAUCCACUUUGUCGGGCACUUCCUCCCCUGGCACCGCUACUUCGUCUCCGCCUACGAGAAGGCGCUGCGGGAGGAGUGCGGGUGGACCGGCGGUCAGCCUUACUGGGACUGGCUGAUUGACUCACAGUCGGGCAUCAACAUGACCUCGUGGUCCAUCUUUGACCCCAAUACUGGAUUCGGCGGCAACGGCCCCUUCGUCGAGAUCGACGAGUCCCAAAACUUUCUCGGCAUCGUCGGCCGCACCGGCGGCGGCUGUGUCCAGGACGGCCCCUUCACGUUCGACAAGUUCGAGCUCAGUCUCGGCCCGUCGCACGACGUCAACGUCUCUAACCCGCACUGCCUCACGCGCGACUUUGCGGAGCCGAUCGCGCUGACGAACCUUGUCCCCGAGGUCAUCGAGGAGAUGAUGUCAAAGACGACGUAUGGAGCGUUUGCCCGCCGCACGGAGGGAGAGCCGAGUUUUGAUGUGAAGAAUGUACAUGGUGGGGGACACUUUGGCGUGGGUGGUGUGUUGGGUGCGAUUGGUGAUGCUUAUAAUAGCCCUGGUGACCCGCUAUUCUACCUCCACCACGCAAAUCUGGACCGCAUCUGGUGGCAGUGGCAGCAGCAGGACCCAAAGAGACGGUACAAAGACGUCUCGGGCCCCAUCGUGCCAUUCGACUACACUAAUCUCUCCGGAGGCAAUGUCACGCUCGACUUUACAAUUAACCUUGGGAAGCUGGGCAAGUCAGUGCCGCUGAGCCAGGUUGUGAACCCCGAGAGCGGGACGGUGUGCUUCACGUAUGCUUGA